CUUUCAAAUUACUUAGUGAUAAAUUUCCACCUAAUAUGCCCUCGUUUUUUGUCUUCCAAAACAGAGACUUUACAACGACGCCACAUAAUGGUUCACAAGCCCAGGAAAUAUUAUUUUUCCACCUGAUUAUUUUCUUCUCAUCGAAUUAUCAACGAGUGAAUUCCAAAUGGUUUAAAAUGGUUCAAAUGGUUGUGGACGGGAUUGAAGAAGCUUUCGCUAAAUGGGCUUCCGUGUCUAAUAGUAGUGGAUCAUCAAUACCUUUAGGCAGGAACCUUGGUAUAUUAAAGUUAAAAAAGAAAAAAGAAAUUGGCAAAUCAUAAUAAAAUACAAUCUUGUAGUCUUGUGUGUAAAGGUUUGGUGAUUGGAGGCGCUCUUCAUGAGGCUUCAGUUUGAGUCCCCGUACUGGGUUUCUGGCUCGCCGUUAAAUGCAUUCUAGAGCGUCUUUAUUCU